UAUGGAAAGUUAUCAUCAGCUUUUUGAUAAGUUUCGGUUAUACCAGAUAUGUUGCAUCCGUUAAUGACAUAGUCUGCUCUCAGUGACAACGUAUUCAACCCCUCCAAAAGUGAUAAUGAAUCACAACUCACAGUGAGAUUCUUGACUCUGAAUAUGGUAUCGUUGUAACAUUAAUAUCUUUUCUAGCUACAUUAUCACAGAUCCACGUGUAUUUAACGAUAUGGUGACACGUAAAAUAUUUUGUCUUUUUCUGGUCAGUGCUGCCGCUGUUGCUCAUUAUCAAAAUUGGAUGCCAGAGAUGAGUAGCUCAUUGGCUUGUGAUAUGAUGAAUAGAAAUGGGCAUCAGUGUCAUUUUCAAGACACCAGAUUUAUAGAAAGUACAUGUAAAAAUUUUUCUGCAUUUAUGUUAAUGCUACAAACGACAAUGAUGGCUAGUUGUGAAAUAUCUGAUUCUUGUCGAAGAGCUGAAACUAAUGAUAUUGAUGAAAAUGAAAAAUUUGAUUUUAUAAUUGUCGGAGCUGGUGUAGCAGGACCAGUAAUUGCUCGUCGUUUAGCUGAUCGAGAACCUUGGUGGAAAGUAUUAUUAAUUGAAGCUGGACCAUCAGAACCAACAAUGACAUCUUUUCCUGGUUUUGCAUUUAAUGCAGUUAAUUCAAGUCUUGAUUGGAAUUAUAAAACAGAACCUACACAACCACAUCCAACAGCAUGUUUAGAAACAAAUGGAAUAUGUACUUGGCCACGUGGAAAAAUGAUUUCUGGUACUGGUGGGCUAUAUGGAAUGAUGUAUGUAAGAGGACAUCCAGAAAUUUAUAAUCGUUGGUCACAAAAUGGCAAUACAGGUUGGUCAUAUGAUGAAAUUGAACAUUAUUUUGAUCGUGCAGAAAAUACAGAAUAUCCUGGUAUGACAUCAGAAUCAAAUUUUUCAAGAACAAAUGGAGAUGGAUUAUUGAAAAUUAAUUAUUUUAAUUAUCGACCACCAUUUACAAAAUAUUUAUUAAAUGCAGCUGCUGAAUUGGGCUAUAAAACUUCUGGUUUAAAAGGAAAUAAACAAACUGGUUUUAUGAUUGCACCAAUGAUAACAGAAGGUGGACAAAGAGGUACAACAUCACGUUUUUAUUUACGUCCAAUUGCACAUAAAAAACAUCUUAAAAUUCUUAAAAAUGCAUAUGUUACAAAACUUAUUAAAUGUCAAUGGGAUGAUAGUGUUAUUGGUGUUGAAUUAAUUGAUAAUAAAGGAAUUAAAAAAAUUAUAAAAGCUGAUAAAGAAGUUAUAUUAACUGCUGGAGCAAUUGGAUCAGCACGGAUUCUAUUAUCAUCUGGUAUUGGUCCAAAAAAUGAUUUAGAAAAAUUAGGAAUAACAGUAUGGAAAAAUCUUCCAGUUGGUAAAAAUUUACAUAAUCAUGUAUCUGUUGGAAUUAAAAUGAGUAUUAAUGAUUCAUACUAUGAAACAAUUACAAAAAAAUCAGUAAAAGAAUAUAUUGCUGAUCGUUCAGGACCAUUAGCAAGUACAGGAUUAACACAAGUAACAGCAUUUUUAGAAAGUAAUUAUACAACACCAGGAGUACCAGAUAUACAAGUAUUUUUUGAUGGUUUUAGUUCAACAUGUCCAAAGCUUGGUCUUGAAAAAGAAUGUCAUAAUGGACAAGUUGGAAUAUGUCCAAUGAGACGUGAAAUUGUUGCACGACCAACAACUGUUAUUGUUAAAUCAAAAGGUUUAUUAAAAUUACGAUCAAAUAAUCCACUUGAACCACCACUUAUUUAUCCAAAUUAUUUUACUGAUGAACAAGAUUUAAAAGUUUUACUUGAGGGAAUUAAAAAAGUUAUACAAUUAACAAAAACAGCAAGUAUGAAAGCUUGGGAUUUAAGAUUAGAGACUCCAACAGUUCCACAAUGUUCAAAUCAUUAUUUUGGAUCUGAUGCAUAUUGGCAUUGUCUAAUUCGUGUACAAACUGGUCCAGAAAAUCAUCAAUCUGGUACUUGUAAAAUGGGACCAGAAUUUGAAUCAGAUUCUGUAGUUGAUCCAAAACUUCGAGUUAUUGGAGUUUCGAAAUUACGUGUAGCUGAUGCUAGUAUUUUUCCUUCUGUACCAAAUUCAAAUCCAACUGCUGCUAUUGUUAUGGUUGCUGAAAAAGCAUCUGAUAUGAUUAUGAAAACAUGGAAGGGAAUGUAAAAAUAAUAUGUUGAUUGUUUAAAUAGAAAAUAAAAAAAAAUCUUUAGGAUAGUCAUCGUCAGCAAGUGAUAUUAGACUA